AUGGAGGUAAUCACUUGCUUGGACUGCAAGAAACGAACCGAUACGGUGAUCGACUAUCAAUCUGGGGAUACAAUCUGCACAGAAUGUGGUCUCAUCCUCGACUCGCACUACAUCGUCGACUCUUUUGACCGAGGUAUCUCUCACAUGAACCCUCCCAUUAGGACCAAACUCAAGAUCGAGACAAACGUUCUCAAGAACCCUAACCCUAAUAAUCCACUUAUUGACAAAACGUCCUCCACAAGCUACAGGCUCUCAUCAUCGUCUUGCUCCAGUCAGAAAGCUCUGCUAGAAGUCCAUCAAACCAGGUUGAUCGAAGAGAUAAUGCUCGUGAGAUUUGAUUGCCUUGCAGUUUACUUGAGGAUGAUGUCUGAUUAA